UGGUGUCUGAGAGGAAACAUGCAGCCGGAGGCAUGUUGCAACACUUUGGAGGAGGGUCUGGCAAAGCGAGAUUAUGUUGCAUUGACCGUAGGCAUUGACAGACAGACGCGGGGCGGGACUCGAUCACCCAAAUCCACAGAGUUGUUGCAAAACCUCCGAUCUGCAGCCUCGGGAGUCUCGGACCGCUGCAAAACAAGUUUAAAAAGGGAAAUUGUCGCUGAUAUCGUGACCAUGGAAGAUGAAGCAGCAGUUGUGGAGGAAGGCAUUAGCCCAGCCCAGAGCCCUCUGGUCGCUGUCAGCUUCCAGAGAAACGUCCAUAGGAAUAAGAAGUACCUGGAGGCUGAACCCAAAGCUCUGGGGAUCACUCAGAUUGGUCUGAGUUUGUUUCAGAUCAUCUGUGUGGGUGUGUUUCUGUCCAAAGGCUUGAGCUUUGUGACCACUGACAUACCUCUCCUCAUUUCAUCUAUACUGGUGAUAAUAGCUGGGAGUGUAGCUGUAGCAGCACAGAACCUCCAUCUGCCGACGCUGAGGGCCUGUUUGGGGAUGCAGGUGGUGGCCAGUGGUGCCUCACUCCUCAACAUGAUCUGUAUACUGAUUAAAAUGGAUCACACGCCCUCUUUCUGUUGGAAUUAUUACUAUCACAACGCCACAGUACAUUGGGGCGAAAUCUGCCAUCAAAUUGAGAGCAUCCACUCACACAUUCAUGCGGAGGGUAUAGUCAUUGAGGCUGCUCUGUUGGCUAUCUCCAUCACUCUGGCCGCCUACAGCUGCAAGGUGAUCAACUGCUGCUCGCCAGCUUCCAAAAUGCCGGUGAUCACUGUACAAGCGCCCCCUGUCCAACACUGAGGAGACAAAGUGGACGAGCGUGGAAGACAGAUGUUUAGCUA